UGCUUCGAACCAGCAAAUCAAAUGGUUAAAUGCGAUCCACGUCAUGGAAAAUACAUGGCCUGCUGUUUGCUGUAUAGGGGAGAUGUUGUUCCGAAGGAUGUGAAUGCAGCAAUUGGAACAAUUAAAACGAAACGUACAAUUCAAUUCGUAGACUGGUGCCCGACAGGAUUCAAAGUUGGUAUUAAUUACCAACCGCCUACAGUUGUUCCUGGAGGCGAUUUAGCGAAAGUACAGCGUGCUGUUUGCAUGAUGGCCAAUACAACAGCCAUCGCAGAAGCCUGGGCUCGCUUGGAUCACAAAUUUGAUCUAAUGUAUUCUAAACGAGCUUUCGUUCAUUGGUACGUUGGUGAAGGAAUGGAGGAAGGUGAAUUUUCUGAAGCACGUGAAGAUAUGGCAGCACUGGAAAAAGAUUUUGAAGAAAUAGGCAUGGACUCUGGAGAAGGCGAGGGCGAAGGUGAAGAAUAGUAUCCUAUAAAAUGCUAAUUAGGCGUAGAUCAUCUAACUAACUAAUUACGAGAAGGUGAAGCUGAUGUACAAUAGGAAACUGUGGUUGAAGCAAUUGCAAUCACACAUAUUAUUUACAAUUGUACGUUUAGGUAUCGAGUAUGUAAUGAGAGAAUAAAUGUGUAUUUUUAUAUUAAA